AUGGCCAAAGCCGAUAGCAAAGCAAAUGGCGCAAAUGGCAAACAGAUCCCAAUGCAGAGCAACAAGGCUGCAGACGAGAAGACGGACUACAGCAGGUGGAGGUUGAAGGACGAUCGAGGGUGUCAGACAUGGCAUUAUCUCAAGACUGAUGAAGAAGUGAAGGCCUGGCCACAGAGCAGGGCAGACAAGUACUUCCUGGGCCUGGAAACGGGCCUACCCACCCUCCCACCCGCCAAAACCCCCCUCGAAGCCGCCUCAAAUGGCCUCGCAUUCUUCUCCGAACUCCAGCUCGAACCCGGCAACUGGGCCUGCGAAUACGGCGGGCCCAUGUUUCUCCUCCCCGGCCUCGUCAUCACCUGGUACGUCACCGAGACACCCAUACCAGACGACCACGCGACGGAAAUCAAGCGCUACCUGUUCAAUCGCCAGCACCCCGAAGAUGGCGGCUGGGGUCUGCAUAUCGAGGGUGAGAGCACCGUCUUCGGCACGGCGAUGAAUUACACUGUUAUGCGUAUUCUCGGCGUCGAUGCUGAGGAUCCAAGGAUGCAGAAGGCGCGCGCGACGUUGUGGAAACUCGGCGGUGCGCUCAAGGGCCCCCAUUGGGCCAAGUUCUGGCUCAGCGUGCUGGGCGUGCUGGACUGGGAUGUUGUGAAUCCCGUGCCGCCUGAGCUGUGGUUGUUGCCAGACUGGGUACCGAUUGCGCCGUGGCGGUGGUGGAUUCACAUGCGCAUGGUGUUCUUGCCCAUGUCGUUUAUCUACUCCAAGCGGUGGACGUUUCCGCUGACUGAUUUGACAAGGGAGUUGAGGAAGGAGUUGUUGACGCAGCCGUUUGAGACGAUUGAAAUGAGCGCGCAUCGCAAUGACAUUGCACACACGGAUAAUUAUCAUCCCAAGACGUGGUAUCUCAGGCUCUUGUUUUGGUUCGUGGUGGCUAUCUGGUCGCCGUAUUUGCGCUGGAAGGGCCUGGUUAAGAGGGCUGAAGAGCAUGUUUGGUGGCUUAUUCAGGCUGAGGAUAAGAAUACCGACUAUUCGAAUCUGGGGCCGGUUAAUGGACCCAUGAAUACGCUUUGCUGCUACAUCGUGGGCGGCAAGGAAUAUGAGCCGUUCCAAGAACAUCUCAAGACCUUACCUGAGUUCCUGUGGAUGAAGGAUGAGGGCAUGCUCAUGAACGGUACCAACGGUGUACAGUCCUGGGACACGUCGUUUGUCAUCCAGGCCGCCGAGUCAUGCGGAUUCGUAGACGACAAGAGAUGGAAGCCCAUGCUCACCAAAGCGCUCGAAUUUCUCGAAGACCAACAGAUUCUCGAGGAAGUCCCCGACCAACACAAGUGCUACCGCCAACAACGCAAAGGAGCCUGGGGCUUUAGUACACGCAAGCAAGGCUACACCGUCAGCGACUGCACAUCCGAAGGCAUCAAGUCUGCCCUCAUCCUCCAAAACGCCCACAAAUACCCCGCCCUCAUUCCCGAGCGCCGCCUCAAAGACGCCAUCGACGUGUGUCUCACGAUGCAAAACGCCUCGGGCGGCUGCGCUUCCUACGAACCCACCCGCGGCUCCAUCCUGCUCGAACACCUGAACGCCGCCGAAGUCUUCGGCAACAUCAUGAUCGAAUACGACUACCCAGAAUGCACCACUGCCGUCGUAACCGCACUCCACAUGUUCCAGAAAUACUACCCCUCCUACCGCGCCGACGAAAUCGCGGCGUUCAAGGACCGCGCGGUCGCGUACAUCCGCCACGCCCAGCGCCCCGAUGGCUCGUGGUACGGCUCCUGGGGCAUUUGCUUCACGUACGCGGCCAUGUUCGCGCUAGAAUCGCUCGCGUGCGUUGGCGAGACGUAUGCAAAUUCCGAGCGGGUGCGGCGCGCGUGCGAGUACUUUGUUGACAAGCAGAUGGACGACGGCGGGUGGGGCGAGACGUACAAGAGCUGCGAGAGCGGCGUGUGGAGUCAGCAUCCGCAGAGUCAAGUCGUACAGACGGCGUGGGUGGUUAUUGCUAUGAUUGAGGGCGGGUAUGGUGAUGAGCCGGGGCAGAAGGAGGUGCUUAGGCGUGCGGUCAGGUUGAUUGUACAGAGGCAGCAGGCGAAUGGAGAGUGGUUGCAGGAGGCGAUUGAGGGAGUUUUCAACAAGAGCUGUAUGAUUUCGUACCCGAACUACAAGUUCAUCUUCCCAAUUAAGGCGCUGGAGCAAGACAAGUCCGACAAGGGCAAAGGAGCUGCUCUCCGCCCAGAAGCAGAUGAACGCAUAGCUACUCCAAGCACUUCUUCCUCAACUCCGCUCGCUCCGACCCAAGAAGACGUGAUCAUGGACCCUCAGGGAACUCGCGAGACUGAGCAGAGGGAAACGGCACUCACAGGAGAGCGCCCCAACGACCGCCCCAAGAACGACUGCAACCAAGAGCCAGCCAGCUACAACGUCUUCCCAGCACAGUCUUCCAGCUCCCGCACCGCCGCCCCACCGCCCACGACCUUCAACCCCUCAGCCCCCAACCCCUUCCAAUCCCGCACCGCAGCCGAAACCUACGGCUUCAUGUCCGCCGCGGAAUCCCGGGCACUCACCAACACCAACACCACCGCCUCCUCCCCUCCCCCCCGCCAACCAAUCUUCCGUCCCCUCGCACCCAACGAAUUCCUCUUCGAUCCCGCGCUCUCCCCGCGCCGUCGCGCGGCUAUCGUCGGCGGCUGGGUCGCGUCGGACGGCAGCGAGGCGCCGGAGCCCGAGGUGGUUAACCAGGAGAUGGAGCCUGGGGUGGGGUGGAAGAAGACGCAUCGGGGCAAGAGGGGCGGGAAGAAGAAUCGUAGGGGGAGGGGUGGGGGCGUGUAUCGGGGGGAGGGUUGGGAAGAGCGUGGUGGAGGUUUGAGCCGGGGUGUGAUUCGAAGGGGGGUCAGGUCGUACCAGCGCAAGGAGGAGCCUGGUGACGAUGCGGACAUGGGCGCGGCGGAUUGGGUUUUGUGA